AUGUCUUCUCCCGACCGCCCCCGCGCCCCUGAUGCGCCCAUGGGCUCCCCGCCUGGCGACCCUGCGCCAGUCCCUGCGCCCGCCGCGUCCGAAAGCUCGCAGCCGCCGCCAGUCGGCACCGCGUUGUCGACCGAAGCCGCCGUACCCCUAAGCUCGUACCGAGUACUAGCCGGCACCGCGCCGGCCAGCAACAGGCCCUCGGCCUUAACCGCCGCACUACGAGGCGGGCACCUGGCGUCCGCCGGCACCGUGUCGUCAUCGACCUCGGCCGCCGCGCCCCGGAGCUCUCGCCGAGCAUCAUUCGACACGGCGUCGGCCGGCGCCGGGCCCUCGGCCUUAACCGCCGCACCACGAACCGUGCAGCCGGCGUACGCCGCACCACUAAGCUUGCACCCGGUGGCCGUCGUCGCCGCGCCGUCGGCCUCGGCCGCCGCACGGCUGCGCUCGCGCCCGGUGUCCGCCGCGCCGCCUCCCCUGCCCCCGCCCCGCUACCCGUUGUGGUCUGCGCCGCCGAGAGGGCCCGCGUACGCGUACCCGGCCGUCGUGGCGGAGGCACGCGGCACGCGGCACCCGCCGCCGCCGCGGCUCGACCUCGCCAGCACGCACCGCGCCACGGCGCACGCGCGCGCGAGCCUGGGCCUCGUCGCCGUCCGCGGCACCGGCGCCGACCCCACCGACGACGACGACGACGACAGCGACGGCGAUGGCGACGCGCAGCCCGACAAUCCGCAGGUUGCCAAUCCGCAGGUUGCCAAUCCACAGGCUGCCAAUCCACAGGCUGCCAAUCCACAGGUUGCCAAUCUACAGGCUGCCAACCCGGAGACUACCAAUCCGCAGACUACCAACCCGGAGGCCACCACCGGCGCCCCAGGGGUCUGCGCGGCCCUGGCGGCCCUCGCGCGCUGCUGCUGCUGCCCGUGCUGCUGCGCCGGCGCCCCGGACGACCACGACGCCGCAGCCCCGGACGACCACGACGCCGCAGCCCCCGACGACCACGACGCCGCCGCCGUCCGCCACGCCGGCCACACGCCGGGGCCGGACGAGUCGCCGCCGAGCCUGGUGGAGGACCUCUCGUCCUCGAGCGACACCUCGGCGUCGUCCGGCGGGGGCGCCUGGCUCUCCUGGCCUGUGGACGUCGCGGUCGCUUGGGCCCGCGGCGGCCGGCAGCAGUACCAGGACGAUAACAACAACAACGACGACGACGACGACGACGGCGACGGCGACAGCGCGCACCGCGCGGGCCCCGGCCCCGGCCCCGAGCAGCCGCUCCUGCCGCCGCGGCGCGCGGGCCCGGCCGGCCGGCGCCUCGGCUAG